AUGCAACCACAUGAAGCGCCGCCCCACUUCAGCCCCACACUUUGUCGACUGCGCUCGAUUCUGACUGACGACAUCCUCGAUGUGCCACCCAUCGCACCGCUGCUUUGCCAACGACCACGAUGGCUAUAUAUUCCUCAUCCGUCCCACCGCUGUCACCCCGUGUUCGCCGAACGCACGAUUCCCCUUCCACCCUCUUGCGGCCCACUCCUCGUACCCUCGAAGGCAGCAUAUCUCUCGUCAAGCGGCGUGUCAACAGAACCACAGCUCGCCGUCGCCUCCCCUCCUUUCCGAUCUGCCUCCGUCGUUUGGCAGCGAUUCGCCGCCAUGGUCCACACUCCCUCGACGUCGUCCCACGAGGACAUGUACAAGAAUGAAAAGAGUGAUCUCAAAGUCAUCCACGCUGGCGAGGUCGACAUCAGCCAGGUCGAGGGCUACGAUGCUCCUAAGCCAUCCCGCAUGACUCGUCGUGCCCAGAUCCUCGCCAUCACCAUCUGCGUCGGUGGCUUCCUCUUCGGUUACGACAUCGGAGUCAUCUCUGGGUGCUUCAUCAUGCAGCCCUUCAUCAAAGUCUUCGGCAACUGCGGACCUGAAGGCUGCACGCUGCCAGACGGACGCAUCUCCAUCAUCAACUCGUCCCUCUCCAUCGGUACCUUUGUCGGCGCUCUCCUCCAAGCUCCCGUCUCUGACUUCUUCGGUCGUAAGCCGUCGAUGAUCACCUGGGCUACCGCCUUCACCGUCGGUGCCAUCAUUCAGACCUCCACCAUCAGCAGCUGGCACCAAUUCGCCGUGGGCAGAGCCUUCGCCGGUCUCGGAGUCGGCGCGCUUUCCGGUCUCUGCCCUCUGUACCUGGGCGAAACCGCACCCAAGCACGUUCGUGGUGCCAUGGUGACGUGCUACCAGCUGCUCAUCAUCUUUGGUAUCUUCAUCUCCUACGGCAUCUCCUGGGCCACUCAGAACUUCAAGACCUCCAAUGCCAGUUGGAAGAUCCCCGUCGGACUCCAGCUGCUCUGGGGUGUCUUCAUGCUCUCGCUCAUGCUCUUGCUUCCCGAAUCGCCUCGCUACUGCCUCAAGAACGGAGACGUCGUUCGCGCUCGCGAGAUCAUGGCCGAUAUGCGCGACGUCACCCUCCAGCCCAUCAACGGUCAGCCACGUGGCGACAAGUGGAUGGAGGCCGAGCUUGCCGAGAUGAAGCAGGGCAUCGACGAGGAGAACCACAUCUUUGCCGGUCGCAGCUACCUCGGCUCCUACCUCGUUUGCUUCUCGCCCAAGAACCAGAUGUGGAAGCGUACCAUCAACGGUAUGAUGCUUCAAACGCUGCAGCAGCUCAACGGUCAGAACUUCUACUACUACUACCUGCCCCUCCUCAGUUCCACCCUCGCACUUCCGCUCGACCCCUUCCAGCUGCAAUUCAUCCUCGGUUCUGCUUCGCUCGUCGCCACCGUUCCCGCCCUCAUCGCUAUCGAAAAGCUAGGUCGUCGACCGCUCCUCCUCAUCGGCGCCGCUUGCGAAGCUGCCUGUGCCUUCAUCGUCGCCUUUGUCGGACACUACAAGACAGCACCUAAAGAUACGCCUCCCGAGCUCAUCACCUCGUCGCAACAUCAAGCCGGCGCCGUCUUUAUCACUUUCGCCAUCAUUCAUCUGCUGUUUUACUCCUGCUGCUGGGGACCAGGCAAGUAUCUUUCCAGCUCUCCGCACCAUCCCGGGAUCGUUCGUACAUCAUCUUGUACCUAG